CCCGUUCGGUGCUGAGCAAUAACGUGCAGGCAUGAGCAAGUGUUGCUUGCCAACACCGCCGAGUCUCGCCUGGUUUGUAAACGCGUCGUCAUCCUGCAUAAGCUCCGGACGACUCUCCCCAGCGUCACCUCAGCAGCACGAAAUAGCAAAGGGCCCGACAACUAGUGACGUUCGAACAAGAGGUCAACGCGAGAGGCUGUCUCUUGUUCUUCUCUGUAGUGUACAGACCGUCUGUUACUGCAUCGCCAAGUUGCUUCGCACGCCGACGUUGUCUUCGAGCCGACCCGACCGACCAACCAACAGACUGACUGACUGAUUGACCUAUCGACUGAUUGACCUCUCGACUGAUCGCUCGAACCGGUUGACGACAUCUCUCUCCAACGAACAUCCUGCUCUUUUGCCCUUGGUCAAGAACGACUGUCCGUCAUGGCAUUGACCCUAAAGGAUCGCAAAGUCUACCGGACCGAUGAGGUUGCGAGGCACGAGGUUUUGAGCGAUGAUGAUAAGAGGAAAAUUAUCCAUGAGUACCUACCAGAAGAGUCGCUUGAAGAGGACGAGAAAUGGACAGAUCACCGGCCGGUGCGCAAUGGUCGCUUCGGAGUACGACGUGCCCUGCGAAACAAACUCCAUCUGCUCAUCUUCACAAUAAUACACAGCAUUUUCUCCCUCUACAUCAGAAUACGCCAGGCCUGGCACACCGUCUUAUACCGCAUACGCUCCAUCGCCUACUAUCACCACCGGACCCCAGCCAUCAUCGAGAAGGACACGGCGGCGCUCAAGAAGAAACCGAAACACAUCAGCGUCAUUCUCAAGAUUGACCAGGCCGGUAGACAGGGGCCGGAGCUGGAAAGGCUCGUCAAUGAGGCUGCUGAGAUGGCCGUGUGGUGCACCUGCGCCAAGAUUCCCAUGUUGACCAUAUAUGAAAGGACAGGACUCUUCAAGAGAUAUCUCCCUCAAGUUCAGCAAGUCAUCAUGCAGAAGUUCCGCUCUUAUUUCGGCCGUCACCAGCCAUCCUUGACCAUUUCCAUGCCCCACGGGGACGAGAUCCUCGAGUCCCCCGCCGUCGGAGACUUUGCUCGCGCCGAUCCGCGUCAUCUGAACGUCCACUUCAUCUCCGCCGAAGACGGGCGCGACUCCAUGGUUGAUCUCACGAGGACGCUAACCGAGAUGUCUCAGAAGGCCAAGCUCUCCCCCAAGGACAUUGGUCUGGAUCUCAUCGACGCCGAACUGUCCGAGGGCAUCAUGCCCGAACCCGAUCUGCUCGUCCUUUUCGGACCCCAUGUAGAGCUAGACGGCUAUCCUCCCUGGCCCAUCCGGCUGACAGAGAUCUCCUGUUUGAAGGACAACCAGGAGGUCGGGUACCAGGUCUUCAUCUCGGCGCUGCGCAAGUUUUCCAGCGCUCAGUUCCGCAAGGGCAGGUAAAAACAAAAGAGUUCCAAAAGGGGCUACUGGAAAUCUCGUCUGCAUGGUACAACGUUGGAAGCACGACAGCACAGCAUACAGAAACGGAAAGCUUCCUCCAGUCUUCGGCCGGACAAACUUGUCUCGCUGUUGUUGUCCCCCUCACUGUCAUGGACUACUUGAUACCCUCAUCUGCCGCGAUGCUCGAUCCCAUCUAUAGACUGGGCCGGUUCCAACAUUGUAGUUAUAGUAAUUCUCAGUUC